AUGGAGAGGAAUUAUUUAGAUAGGGUACGAUGGGCUGUUGAGAUUGCGCCUGGAAAAAGCGUUGAAAAAAGGAAAAGAUCUAUGAAGAAGAUGACGUACAGCCUUGUGGUAGCUGAAAGAACAUAUCCAAUUGAGUGGGACCAGAUGUUUUCUACAAACCACAGGAUAAUAUAUCCAAAGGGAUUUAUGAAUGGGUUGGAUGAAUGUAUGCUGCCGAAGGAGAUGAUAGAGGCAAGUAAGUGGAAUGUGACAGAAGAAGAUAGACCUAGUAACGUGUAUUAUGAAGGCCAGUGUUUUAUUAGGUCUGAGAUGGUUUCGAGGUUUACAGUAUCUGGGAAGUGUCUUUUAUCGGACUUUGGGGCAAUGCUAAAAGGACGAGAUGGCAUAUCAGACAAGAUGUUUUUUGCAAUAGGUAAGCGCUUGUAUCUGAAGAAUAUGGAUGAAGAUUCGAUUAGGUUUUCGAUGAUGCUGUUCCAAACGAGAGUGUUUGAUACAAGCGACUGGAAUGUUGAGAUUGGAAAGUGUUUGAAUAGCAUGACUGAGGAGAUAUAUUUUUAUGAUGGUAGAUUUGAGGAGGUUAUAAGGAUAUCGAAGAUGUUUUUUUGCCAUAGGAGAGUGGAUGGAUAUUUAUCAGUGAAGAGUCUUUUUGGAAGGGCACAGCUGUGUAAGUGUUGCAUGAAAAGCAAUGCGGUGGUAAAGGUCUGGAAUGACCCGAUCCUGCCUGAUAAGAAGGGAUUUUUAUGCAAAAGAUGUUUUGAAUUGAUAUUUUAUUCGGAUGAUGGCAAGAGCAGAUAUGCAGGAGUUGAAUAUGAAUAUAUAUCAUAA